AUGUACGACUGCAAAGGCAAAGUCGUUGUCGUGACGGGUGCAGCCCGCGGUAUCGGUCAGGCCGUAUCAGUGAAGUUUGCAGAGCUAGGAGCCACUGUCGUGCUUGCAGACAUCCAACUCGCACCGCAGGAAGAGACUGUCGCAGAACUCAAACGCAAAGGGCUCUCAGCUUACGCCUUCCAAUGCGAUGUAUCGAGUGACGAAUCGGUCGCGGCAUUUGCAACCUCCGUCUUGGAGAGCGCCGGUGUCCCUGAUAUCGUGUACAAUAAUGCGGUUCUUGUUCGCUCGGGCGGGGUGCUUGAUGCCAGUCCAGACAACAUUCGACAUGAACUCGACGUCAAUGUUCUGGGCUACUUACGCAUGGCUCAGGCAUUUUUGCCGCACAUGAUUAGUCGAGGGGAAGGGUGGGUUGUCAACACGGCCUCACCAAAUGCCUUCAUUCCACCGCCUAUUGUGGCCAACAAUUUGCUGGGCUAUUGUAUCACCAAGGGCGCCGAGGUUUCCAUGUCAUAUUGCAUGGCCACUUCACUUCGACCUCGAGAUAUUAAAGUCAGUGUGGUAUUCCCUGAUCUGACCUAUACGGACUCAGUCCAUGAGUUGAAAGGAAACGCCUCUGAUGAGUUUCACCGCGGCUUCGUGAACUUUGUCACAACCCAAAGCCGCUCGGCAGAUCUGGUGGCGGGGAGGAUAGUUGAUAAAUUGGUUAGCACAGAGGGAUAUGUUGUUAACGUCUCUGACGGUUUUGAGGAAUCGCUAAAGGCGUGGGUAAACCAAGGAAUUGAACCAGGGUUUAGUGUACCGUCAGCAAGCUUAUAG